AUGCCUCGGGAUCUGAAAGACAAAGCGUCCAAGGCCAUUCGUGAAGGAGACCAAGUGUGGACUCCAGUCCGAGGCGGCAAGCACCAAGGACCGGUGGGAGGCGUUGUUCGCACGGAAGAAGAGGCUCAAGAGACUGGAACCAAGAAUCCUCCAAAGCCACAUUGCCAACACCUCCACCAGGAUACCAAGAAAUAUCGGUCCUGA